AUGGUCUCAGGGAUUGAAGAGUUCAUCAUUGUCGGUACUAUAAUAGGAAUCCGCCAAGACAAACCUUGGUGUUACCAAAGUUGUCCCGACUGUCACGUAAAGGCAGUUGAAAUUACGGAUAGCAAUGAAGAUGUGAAACUUUACAAGUGUACAAAUGUUGAAUGCAACAAGUCCACUAAAGUUCCUAUCCCAAGAUACAUUAUUCCAGUUUGUGUACAAGACGAUUCUGCUUCUACAAUCUUAACUAUGUUUGAUCGGGAAGCAUAUGGGCUCUUGGGAAUUUCAGCCAGAGAUUUAGCAGAAAAACAUACUAGGCUUGGAUUCAGUUUGGCCAUAUAUCCGCCUGAACUCAAUUUUUUGAAAAAUAAGCAUUUAGCUUUUAAACUGAGUGUCACGAAAUAUAAUGUGAAAUUUCAAAACAGUGUCUACACAAUCUCAAGGGUAACAGAGGAAAAGCAAAUAAUUGAGACUUUGGAGAGAAAGCUACUUCAGUUGCAGCCUGCAAGUUUAGAGUCUUUAAACGAUGGACCAUCCGACUCCAAUUCCCAGGAAAAAAUAGUUACCAAGGAUUGGGUUUCACAUUCCGAUGAAAAUGUUACACCGUCUACCGGGGAUAUUUUGACACCAACAAGUUCUCAUCAUGUGAAAACUACUCCGGUGAAUUUAACACGCAAGUUUGAAGAAGUGUAUGAUGUGGAACAGUAUUCGAAUUCGUCAUCAACAAAAGCACAACGUCUUUCAACUGAAACUGGAGAGGAGAUCAAACUUUUGAUACCAAAAGUUGAAAAAUAA